AUGGAGGUGUCGGAGAUCGAUGGUGGCGAGCUGCUCCUGAACGCGUCGGUGGCCGUCGAGAUGGAGGAGCCAGCAGGGCGCGGCAUGCAUCGUCAGUUCGGCCUCUCCGCCAAUAACUUCGGCGAAGGCUGGGACGACUUGGACUCGAUCCACCCGCACCAGGAGGAGGCGGGCUGCGAGGACUGCGGCCUGGACGGCAUCAUCAUCAUCCUGUCCGGCUUCGACGGGUUCGGGUUAUGGUUCGGGUGCUCGCCGGCGCCGUUCGACAUGGACGACGGCGGAGGCAACCUCGUGGAGUAUUGGACGGAUCAGAAGAUGGAGGCCGCCGCCUUUGGCCCAUUCACCAGCGACUGCGUGGGGGAGUGGUACAUGGAUGGCAUGGCCAUGAUGGAGUGGGACGACGGGAAGAGCUACUACUCGGUUUACCCAUCUUACAGCGGUGGCGAGGCCUGCACGGAGCAACUGUACAGCAGUCCACUGUGGGAGUGAAGCGAACUAGUAGCAGUGUACUUGUAUGUGUGAGCUUUAAACUGGAAAUCAUUAAUUUCUAGUAGUUGUAUGGCUACAUUUUGCAAAUUUAGAACAACCUGAAUUUGCUGAAAA